AUGAAUACCACUUUGACAGUAAAUAAAACAAACGAACUUGUUGAGAACAAUGAAAGGAAUACAUGUGAAUCAUAUCCAGACAUAGACAAUAAUAUAAUUUUAAAUAUUAACUCAAUGAAUAGUGAACAUAAGAAAUUUUUCUUAAAUAAUUAUAUAUCAAAAAUAAAAUAUAUGAGAAGCAGUUAUUCAAAACCUAAGUAUUAUGAAAUAUUAAAUGUUAAUUUAAAAUCAGAUGCUAAGACAAUACGUAAAAGUUAUUUAGCCUUGUCUAAAUUAUUAAGUGUGAAUAAGAAAUUGUCAAGAGAAUAUGAAGAAUGUUAUUAUUUAAUUCAGAAAUCAUAUAAAAUUUUAACAAAUAAAUUUGAGAAAUUUUAUUACGAUGUAUUAAAUAAUUAUAUUGAUGAAACAACUAUAGAAGAACAAAGAUAUAUAUUAGAAAAAGAAGCUGAUAUUAUUUAUGCAAAUAAAAUUGAAGAAUUAAAAGAUAUAUAUGAUAUAAAAAUAAAAGAAGAAGAAAAUAAAAAUGGAUUAAUUAUAGAAAAAGCAUUAUAUGGUGAUUUAUCAUUAAAAGAAGAAUGUAUAAAUAAUUGUUUUAAUAUUGAAUCUAUAUCUGAACAACAUUUACAAGGUCCAUAUAUAGAUUUGACAAAAAUAUUACAAUGUAAAGUUGAAAAUAGUUCAUUAUUAUAUAAUGAUGAUUUUUCUUUUGCUUAUUUUUGUGAUAUACCAAAACCUUUAAUUAAAAUUGCUAGUAAACAAAAAAAUAAAAAAUAUUCACAUAUAUUACAAGACACAGAAAUGUAUUUAUAUAUAAAAUAUAAAUUCUUAAAUGUAUAUCAUGAACUUAUAGUUGUUGACAGAUCAAACUUUUCUUUACCACAAAGUUCUCAUAGAGUUUUUGGAGAUAGAAUUAGUGGUCCCUUCUCACCAGUUAAUGUUUUAAAAAUGACACAUUUAUCAAGUUCUUUCAAAGAUAAUAUACUUAAAUUUUUCUCAAAAAAUAAAUUUUAUAUUACUUUAUUUACCACCAUAGUUUUAUGUGCCCAAUCGAUCAAAUCAAAAUGA